AGUCCACAUUUGGCAUAUUUGAGAUCCAUCAUGCUCAGUGGGAAGCGCAUCGCUGAUGCAGGUUAUAAGCUCUUCUCGGGCUCCAUGAUGCUGUUGACGGUGUACGGCGGAUACCUGUGCGUCCUGCGGGCUCAGCGAUACAUGCAGAGACAGAAACAGCUGGAGGCACAGAAUGAGAGCGCGGCUUCAGAAACUAUUAAAGACUGAAGACACGGGCUGUAAAUAAUCAGUUAACCUGACACUGAUCAUGUCACACGGAUGGGACAGUAUGUGGCCCAGCAGAUUGUCAGCAGAAACCCACCGGCGUUCGUGACCCUCGAAGGGUUCAUUUGCCUUUUUUGUGGAGUUCAGUGAGAUCUUAUGUGUUGUAAUAUAUUAAAU